UGAGCGAACCAAAAGCGUGAAAAUGCGCCUCGGCUGUGCUUGGCUGGCGCUCGGCCUGCUUUUGCACGCAAAUCUAUUUUUGGACUUGGGACAGGCGGCCAACAUCUUGGGCAUAUUCCCGUACCGCCUGCCCUCACCCUUCCAGAUGGUUAGGCCACUGGUUCAGGCGCUAGUUGGGCGGGGGCACAAGGUCACCAUGAUCACACCCGUGGGUUUACCGGCCGACAUCGAGGGAGUACGUCACAUUCGCGUGCCAAUGCUAAACACGCUUAUGCAGGAUCUAAUCGACAGCGACCAGUUCCUGGAAUUAUUGGGAAACAAAUGGCGAGAGGGAGUUCUGACUGCCACGAUCUUUUCUAACGUCUCCCAUGCCAUUCUAAACGACACUGGAGUUCGGAGGAUGAUGAGCGACAAAAGUGAACGAUUUGAUAUGAUAUUGCUGGAGGCCAGUCACCUGGACGCCCUCUACGGAUUGGCCGAGUUUUACAACGCAUCCUUAGUUGGAGUUUCAUGUGUGAAUAUAAACUGGAACAUCGACUACUUGGCGGGUAAUCCAGCUCCCAGUGUUUACGAACCAAUUUCACCUAUGGGUUUCGCUCUCGAUUACUCGCUUAUUAGCAGGUGGAACAACUGGAUAUAUAUAACCGAAGAGAAAAUGCUAGAGCGCCUGGUCUUUCGUCCUGCCCAAGCGAAGGUCUCCAAGAAGUUCUUUGGCUAUUCGGCUGAAAAACUAAGUGAGCUGCGGUCCAGAUUCUCGGUGAUCCUGAUAAACAGCCACUUCAGUAUGGGAAGAGUGCGAUCUAAUGUACCCAAUAUCAUCGAGGUGGGAGGACUGCAUCUCAGCGAACCUUCGGAACCGUGUAGUGAGGAGCUACUCCGAUUUAUGGACGAAGCGGAGCACGGCGUCAUCUAUUUCUCAAUGGGUCUGGACAUCCUUGUAAAAUAUCUGCCGGAUAAUAUGGAGAAUAAAUUGCUGCAGACCUUUGCGCAACUAAAACAAAGGGUAAUCUGGAAGAAUGAGCUCUCCAUGCUACCCAACAAGCCGGAUAACAUAUAUGUGAUUAAGAAAGCACCUCAGCGCCAGUUGCUGGCCCAUCCCAAUGUACGAUUGUUCAUAAGCCACGGUGGACUACAGAGCGUAAUGGAGGGAAUUGAUAGUGGAGUUCCAAUGCUGGGACUACCGGUGUUCUUCGACCAGUUUAACAAUUUACAUCGAGUGCAGUUAGCAGGAAUGGCUGAAGUUCUCGACACGAAUGCUUUGGAUGCAGAUGCCCUAGCCUCAGCCAUUACAAAAAUGGUCGAAAACCCAAGCUAUGCCAAAAAAGCAAAAGAAAUGUCAAAGUCCUUUAAGGAUCGACCGAUGAGUCCUUUGGAAACUGCCAUUUGGUGGACGGAGUACGCCUUGCGAAAUCGGGAUGUGACUCACAUGCGACUUAAUGCGGAGGAAAUUCCACUGAUUCGGUAUUACAGACUAGACAGCGUGAUCACCUUUGCAACUCGUUUUGGAUUCAUUUUUGGAUCGGUUAUAUUUCUGGCCUGGAGAUUGUACCAGAAAAAUCGGAGCAGACAGAGAAGACUUUGGGAAAGGCAAAGGACGUUCAUGCAGAUACAAAUGCCGAUGAAUACAUAUGAAUCAGACUCUUAGAUUUCUUUAGGCUCGACAUUUUCAGACAUUUUUGCUCGUAUAUUCAUUAUCUUCCUUUAACAAAAAUUGCGGUAUAACGAGCAAGCAAUCAAAGAGCUUUUACUUUCCAUCCC